CAUUAUUCUCAUCGUUUUCACGGAUAUAACACAAAACGCCGGCGAAACGACAAUCGGCACAGUCUAUAUUUGUCCGUCUCGUAGGGUGGUGGUGCUUGUAUUGCGAAAAAAUAAAUAAACAAAUUCCCAUAUAGUGUGGUGUUGUGCUAAAAAAAUCGCUGGUACAGGAGGAAUUGUAACAAGAACUAAAACAUGGCUUCAAUGUUGACCAAAAACUUGAGACGUGUUGUAGGUGCUGGAAAGCAGCCAAAAUUAAUGUUGGCUGCCCUUAAUAACACUUUCUACACCUAUGCCAAUGAAAUCUCGCAUCCAUUAAAUCGUGUCCCACCAAAUGGCACACCCGAGGAGGCUGUAAAAUUAAUUAAAUCCGGUGAUGUUGUCUUCUGUUCGGGCGCCGCUGCCACUCCCAUUACCCUCAUCAAUGCCAUGGUUGAGCAUGGCAAAUCGAGUAACCUGAAAGAUAUCACUGUCUGUCACAUGCACACCGAGGGUCCUGCUGCCUACACUGAACCCGGAAAUGACAAGAUUUUCCGUUCGAACUCCUUCUUUAUGGGCGGCAAUGUGCGCAAAGCUGUUGCCGAGGGUCGUGGUGACAACUUUUCCAUUUUCUUGCAUGAAAUUCCACAAUUGUUCUACAAGAAAAUCGUUCAACCCGAUGUUGCCUUGAUCCAUGUUUCACCACCCGAUCGUCAUGGCUACUGCUCGUUGGGUACCAGUGUGGAUUGUGUCAGAGCUGCUCUGUUGCACUCCAAGAAAAUUAUUGCCCAAGUCAACAAACAAAUGCCUCGUACCUUUGGUGAUGCUGCCAUCCAUUCAUCCCAUUUCGAUUAUAUGACUGAAAUCGAUGUACCACUACCUCAACACGGCGGCAAGGGUCCCAGUGAUGUUGAAGCCCAAAUUGGCAAAUUGAUUGCCGAGAAUUUGGUCCAUGAUGGUGCCACCUUGCAGAUGGGUAUCGGUAACAUUCCCGAUGCUGUCUUGAAUGCCCUGCACAACCACAAGGAUUUGGGUAUCCAUUCGGAAAUGUUUGCCAACGGUGUUGUCGAUUUGGUUAAGGCCGGCGCCGUAACAAAUCGCAUGAAGAAAAUGCAUCAGGGACGUAUUGUUGGUUCCUUCUUGAUUGGCAAUCAAGCCUUGUAUGAUUUUGUCAAUGACAAUCCCUUCAUUGAAAUGUAUGCCAUCGAUUAUGUCAACAACACCGGUGUUAUCAAACAACAACCUCGUAUGACUGCCAUCAACUCCUGCAUUGAAGUCGAUUUGACCGGUCAAGUUUGCUCGGAUUCCAUUGGUACACGUUUCUUCUCUGGCUUUGGUGGUCAGGUUGAUUUCAUUCGUGGUGCCGCCGAAGGUGUUGACGGCAAGGGUGUACCAAUCAUUGCCAUGCCCUCCGUUACCAACAAGGGUGAAAGCAAAAUUGUGCCCAUACUCAAGCCAGGUGCCGGUGUUGUCACCUCUCGUGCCCAUGUCCACUAUGUUGUCACCGAACACGGUAUUGCUUCUCUGUUCGGCAAGAAUAUGCGUCAACGUGCUUAUGAACUCAUUCAAAUUGCUCAUCCCGAUCAUCGCCAGACCUUGGAGAAACAAGCCUUUGAACGUUUGAAGGUUAUGCCCUCAAAGGACUAAAUUAAAUGAAGACAUGUAAUAGCGCAUCAUGUUUUAGGGAUUUUUUGUUUUCGAUCUUUAAGGCACAUACACACCAACCCACGCGUACCCACACACUAUCCAGAUGUUUUGCAUAUUAAUUUGAUUUGUUUUGUUUGUAACAAAUCAAAUCGUGUUCUAUCCCCUUAGAUUGUCUUAAGUUUAAUUAAGCCAUAAAGAAAAUGUCAUAACCCACAAAUGAAGUCGUUUGACGAUAAUAACACCAAUCGCGAUUGAUUGAUUUGAAAUUAAAGGUGUCAUUUAGAUUCUUUUUUGUAAUAUGAUUUAAUGAAUAGUCAACAUUGUUCAAAUACCAAAAAAAUGAAAAAGAAAUUAACAAGCGAAUAAAGUUUAAACCAUUCCUAUUUAAAAAAAA